AAAUUUUGCGGUCAUUUUCAUUGUUAUUAUUCCGCAAGGAAAAUAUUGAAUGUUUUUCCAACUUUCAAGUCGAAAAUAUUAACACUACAGAAAGAUAUUAUAAUAUUCAUAAAAGUGCCAAAUAGGUUCACAAAAGAAAAAUGAACGAGUUACCGUACCAGGCGGAAUAUGCCAAAUCUGGUAGAGCAUCGUGCAAAGCAUGCAAACAAAAAAUUGAUCAGGGUACCUUAAGGCUGGCCAUUAUGGUUCAGUCAGCAUUCCAUGAUGGAAAACAACCCAACUGGCAUCAUGAAGAAUGCUUCUUUAAGAAGAAGUGUCCUUCUAGCAUAAGCGAAAUUGCUAAUUUCAAUAAACUAAGUAAUGCAGACAAGAAGAAAAUUAAAAGCAAGCUAGCUAGUGGUACUGGUGGAAUUGUGAUGCCAGAAGAAAAAGGAAAGAAAGGAAAAGGGAAGAAGAGAGACAAUAGUGAUACAACAGCUUUGGCUAAUUUUUCAAUAGAGUACUCCAAGUCUAGUAGGGCUUCUUGUAAACACUGUGAUAUUAAGAUUUGCAAGGAUGAAAUCCGUGUAUCUAAGUUGGGGUAUGACCCCAAAUUUGGAGACUAUCCAAUGUGGCACCAUGUUAAAUGUUUUGCAGAAAAAAGAGAUGAAUUUUUAUUCUUUGCUGGAGGUGAGAGCAUUCCAGGCUUUAAAAGUCUUAGUAAAGAAGACCAGCAAAUGGUAAAAGAUGAAAUCAAAGCAUUGAAGAUGGACGAAGUUCCUGUUAAAAAGCUAAAGUCUGAACCAAAAGACAAACAAGAGAUAAAAGAGGAAAAAGCCUUUAUGAAAAAACUUGAAAAACAAAAUAGUGAUUUCCAUAAACACAGGAAUAAACUGACUGAGCUGACCAAGCAGGAAGUUAUUGAUUUGCUUGAGACUAACUCACAGGCUGCUCGUGUUGGCAUUGAUGCGAAUUUAGAUGCCUUGGCUGAUUGUAUGACAUUUGGUGUUUUGCAACCAUGCCCAGAGUGUGGAGGACAAUUAGAGUUGGACACUUUUAAUUACAAGUGCACAGGUGAUAUUAGUGAGUGGACAAAAUGUAGGUAUGUAACUAAAGAGCCCAAACGAGCUGUGAUGAAAAUUCCCGAGGCUUACAAAUCAAAGUCAGCCUUCCUAAAGUUCAAGUCGAAGGUUGGCGUUCGAGUAUUUGAGGUGGAGCCUCCACCAACUUUGCUUGUUGUGAAGAAAGAGGAAACUAACGGUGACAAUAAAAAACCACUGCCUCUUCCACCAUUGAAGAAUUUGCAGUUUUACCUGCACGGGAAGUUUAAAGCACCCAAAGAAGAAGUGAAGAAUCGCAUCUUGAAAUUAGGAGGACUUGUGACUAGCAAACUGACUGAUACACUUGCAGCUGUAGUGUCCACUAAAAAUGAAGUUGAAAAGAUGAAUCCGAAGAUGCAGGAUAUCCAAUACCUUUCUAUAGAGGUAGUAGAAGAGAGUUUUCUAGAUCUUAUCGAUCCAGCUACAGGAACAAUAGCUAAAACUCUAGAACUUAUUAAAGAAAAUAAUAUUGCUGAUUGGGGAUCUGAUCCAAAACAGCGCGUGCCGCAAGAUGUAAUAGACGGAAAAUCUAUUCCAAAAUCUGGUAGUAUGUACAGCAAACCAAAAUCCACCAUUGAAAAGUUGAAAAUUAAAGGCGGCACCGCGGUCGACCCCGACUCGGAGCUGGCGGACGUGGCUCACGUGUACACGGACCGCGACGGGACCAAGUACACCGUCACGCUCGCCAAGACCGACGUCGUCGCCGGCAAGAACUCCUACUACAAGCUGCAGCUGCUCAAAGCCGAUGACAAAGACAAAUUCUGGCUAUUUAGAUCUUGGGGCAGGAUCGGUACACCGAUCGGCGGCAACAAAGUGGAGGAUUGUAAGUCUCUAAACGAGGCAAUCAAUAAAUUCGAAAAUCAUUACCUCGAAAAGACAGAAAACCCAUGGGAAAUGAGGCAUGACUUCGAAAAGAUGCCAGGGUGCUACUAUCCCAUAGAGGUGGACUAUGGUGACGAGCCGACCGCCAAGUUGCAAGUAGACAAGAAGUGCAGCCUGGCGAUGCCCGUCCAACAACUGAUCACCAAAAUAUUCGACAUAGACAACAUGAAGAGAACGCUGUUAGAGUUUGAAUUGGAUACUGAGAAAAUGCCUUUAGGAAAACUUUCAAAGAAGCAAAUAAAGACAGGCUACAAUGUGUUAUCAGAGCUACUGAAACAAAUUGAUAAGGGCAAUUCUAAUGAAGGCAAAAUCAUUGACGCCACAAACAGAUUUUAUACACUUAUCCCACAUAGCUUUGGCUUGGACAACCCACCACUUCUCAAUAAUAAAGAACUGAUCAAAACUAAGGCAGAAAUGUUAGAUAACCUGCUCGAAAUUGAAAUAGCUUACAGCUUAUUGAAGACUGAUAACGAGGAUGAUGUUAGUCCAAUAGAGAGUCACUACAGGAAGUUGAAGGCGGAGAUACAACCGCUGGACAAGAGUUCGGACGAGUUCGCCAUGAUUGUGGAGUACGCUAAGAACACCCACGCUGCCACUCACUCGUCAUACACGCUUGAGAUACAGGAGGUAUUCAAAGUGGUCCGCCAGGGCGAGGACAAGCGCUACAAGCCGUUCCGCAAGCUGCACAACCGCCGCCUGCUGUGGCACGGCUCCCGCGUCACCAACUUCGCCGGCAUACUGUCGCAAGGUCUUCGUAUCGCGCCACCCGAGGCGCCGGUGACGGGCUACAUGUUCGGCAAGGGCAUAUACUUCGCGGACAUGGUGUCCAAGUCCGCCAACUACUGCUGCACCGACAAGCGGAACGACGUCGGCCUGCUGCUGCUCAGCGAGGUCGCGCUCGGUGAUAUGAAGGAGUGUAAACAGGCGGAAUACGUUACGAAGCUGACGGGCGCGCACUCGGUGUGGGGUGUGGGGCGUACGCAGCCCGACUACUCGGCGGCGCGCACGCUGCCCGACGGGACGAUAGUGCCGCUCGCCCCGCCUGUCUCGAAACCUGUUGACUCCAGCCUGCUGUACAAUGAAUUUAUUGUGUACGACGUCGCCCAAGUGAACGUGAAAUACCUCGUGCAGAUGAAGUUCAAUUACUCUUAUUAAGUUUUUUUUCAAUUAGUUGUAAAAUCUCAAACUGGAUGAUCGAAAUUCCAAAUUAUUUUUAAAUGUUUAUGUGUUCUCACAAACACUAUCAAAUACACUCGCUUGUUAAAAAGAAAGAUAAUAAGAUAACAAAACAAAUUUUUGUUCCCCUAGAAAUAUUGAGUACUUACACCUUAAUCAUGUAAAAUAUUUACCCAAUGUAUAAGCUGUAAAAGUUUUGUCCUUUUCUGAAACACUCAAAACAUAGUAUACACUAUAACUACUGUUAGGCUGCCUUGCCACCAGAGCUGAGCGGAGCUGUGUUGCGAGGAAUGUGUUUUUGAA